UUUCGAUAAUCAGCUUAUAUCGUCAGCUUGUGUUGAAAAACACUCGUUGUAAUAAAGCGUUAUCUGACGGCGACUCGUUUAGUGAUCUAUGUGUAUACAACUAGUCAACACACAAAGCGGAAACAAAUUUGAACAACAUACACGAAACGGAUCUUCCCGAAAUCAACCAUAGAGCAACCAAUAUUCGGCUAUCACAUUAUGACACCAAUUUCCCCUGCUAUAAUGCAUGCACACGGUGUCAUGUGUAAAGCAACAUAACUACCUUUGUACAACUCUCAGUGGCCUGGAUACAUUCGCCGAGACCGGUUGUCGAUCAUCACAACUCACUGUUCAACACAUUCUAAAAAGGUUAUAAAAGGUCCAUACAUUUCCGCCAAGGGAACCUCUCUCCGACGCACAUUCCACGACAACCAGCGCGAAGUUGUUCUGGAUUGUCAAGUCCGCGACACAAGCUGAUAGUUUUACGAGACGUGGGACAAGAGAACGGUCGUUUGGUGAAGAACCACUUCCUGUUAGCAUUCAUUGUGUACCUUAGAUCCACGCGGCAGUCAAAAAGAACAAAACCCAUCCAGCAUGUCUGAGGACAUUCCUCCUGACAAUGAGGAAAAUGUGGGUUAUGUGAAUGCUGAUAUACUGAUGUCCCUAAAGCCAGGGGACACAUUCCAAGUAAGACGGGGGAGUGUGGACGCUGUCAUCACCGAGGAAACAGCUGGCAGCAGCAGCCACACCACGCAUGAGGAGGUCACCGAAAUACGGAUAAGAAGACAGCGAGUCAUCAAACGGCGCACAACUGCACAGGCGGCACUCCAGGACGAUAUGGCUUAUCUGACAGUGACAGAAAUUGUCGACACUGAGAGAACCUAUGUCUCAAGAUUAGACAUACUCAAUCAGGUGAACACAAAGAACAAAAGCGUUAAAGCUGUCAGUGAUGAUAUCAUAAAGAAAAUAUUUCCGAGUUUGGCAUCGAUUUGGGAAUUCCAUAAGGAUUACUUACUGCCGCAAUUGGAAGAGAGACUCUCUAAGUGGAAACACGAGCCAAAGAUAGGCGACAUCUUCCGCCAGUGUCAGCCAUUCCUUCGUCAAUACGCGGACUACAUGCGCGGACUGCGGGGCGGUCAAAGGCUAUUGGCAGAGUGGGCAAAGAAAUCUGUGAAAUUUGCAUCGAUAAUUACAGACAUACAACAAAGCACGGAGUGUGAUAACCUGACACUGGAGACUCACAUGCUGGAGCCCAUACAACGUCUGCCCCGGUACCAGCUGCUGCUGCAGAGAUAUUUGACUUAUCUGCGCGAGGACUCCCCUGACAUGGAGGACGCUACAGUGGCACUCAACAUGAUAAAACGGGUGGCGGAGUAUGCAGACGACGUGUUGCUGAAAACGGACAAUCUUCAGAGCACGCUUAAAGCAUUUCAGAAGAUACACGGUGAACUCACGGACAGCACGAGGAAACGCGUGUUGGUGAAAGAGGGCAGGAUCAGCUACAUCGAUGGAAUCACGGAGCAGUCACACACCAGCUAUCUCUUCCUGUUUACAGAUGUACUUCUUAUGUGUGAUACCACAAAGCAAGGCAAAUUUACACUUCGUGAAGAGUUGAUGAUAAAUGAUAUUCAGGUGCGACAAGGACAAGGAGACAAUAGACAGCUAUUUGUCAUCCUGAGCAAAGAUAACGCCUUCCAGUUCAAUGAAAGGGACCAAGACGGCAAGAGGGUGUGCUGGGGUCAGGAAAUUCAGAAGUUGGUGGACAAGGCAAUGCAGAGGAGGGCAGAGGUGGCACUUACUACUUCAGUGACAAAUCGGUAUGGCAAUUACGAAGAUACGUAUACAUACAGCAGGAUGCCCAACAUAUUCCUUGGCAAGUGGUCUCCCCGGGAAAUGAGUGAGGACGUCACGGACAGUUGUCUCAGCUGCCAUAUGUCAUUUGAGACCUGCGCUAGUCCCAAAAUUCACUGUGCCACAUGUGGAUUGGUGGUAUGUGAGCGGUGUACACGGAAACAGUGUGUGCCAUAUCAACAACACGCAGACUGCAGCGUGUGUCUGGAGUGUGACAACAUCCUUACAGACAAAUCUUCCCAAGGAGUAGUCACAUAAACUGCACAACCUUUGGUCACAAUGUGAUUACUUUUAGUUUUCAUAUCAUAUUCUCAGGAUCCAUCGGUCUGACCUAUGAUAGGUAGAGCCAUGGCUGAACCACUAUUCUAAGAUGCUUCGCUAAAACAUCAAAGCACUGACUUUACUUUACUUUAUCCUCCGAUAGUACACUUUUGGAGUUACAUCAAAAUGGACUGACGUCAUGGCACUGUUCCAAUUAACUCCCCUAGAUCUGACUAUCCUUUGUAACAUCAUUCCUUCAUUUCUGUCAAGCAAGAUGGCGCAUCCACAUCGGCUUUUGGUGAAAUAGUUUCUUUAAAAUUCAUUAUGACCUGGGAAGAAAUGUGACAAUAUGAAGUCAACCAUCUCUCAUGCCACAGUGUUAAUCCCAAACACAUUUGAACCAGUGUGUCCGUGCUACCAAUUGACUUCUCAUUUCCAAUAUCAGAAUGCCCUAUGUGCUCAGAGAGAAAACGCGACAUCAUUAGCUAAUUAGGCUUGUUGUAAAUGUAACUCAAUAGAAACAAGUGCAAAAGUGAGCGUGGCUCACUAAUACCCCCGACCCGCCUAGUGUGUCAGUAGCUACAAAUUAAAAAGCUAGGAUAGGGUUAGAGUUUGAAAAAUUCAUAAAAAAUGGAAAAUUAAUAAAAACAUUUUUUUUUCUUUUGACUGCACCCCUCCAUAUGAUACAGAUUAUAUUGUACUAAGUUUGACAUGAAUCCACUUAAUAGUUUAAGAGAAAUCGCGCGGACAAAGUUUUCGGACGGAAGGACAGAACCUUGGUAUAACUAUAUACCCCCGACAUUUUGUCGGGGGUAUAACUAAUACCUUCAAACUACCAAUCAGAUGUCCACAUGAUAAAGGUGAAGCUGAUCCUCUCCCUCCCACCGCUAAUCCUACCCUACUGCAGUCUGUAACUUGCCACUUACACACACAUCCACCGCUGCCCUGCCUUACAGCAGUCUGUAACUUGCCACUUACACACACACAUCCACCACUACCCUGCCUUACAGCAGUCUGUAACUUGCCACUUACACACACACAUCCACCGCUGCCCUGCCUUACAGCAGUCUGUAACUUGCCACUUACACACACACACACACCGCUGCCCUGCCUUACACCAGUCUGUAACUUGCCACUUACACACAGUUCAGAACUUGUUUCGGGAACAGUUGUUGUAGGAGUUACAUCACAACUUCCAUUGUCUGGUGUUGAUGUUUUGUUAGGAAGGUUUCAGUAAUCAGCGCUGACCCUGUUAUGUGUGAUGAACCAACGAUUUCUGUGGAUUCAGUUAGUUAGUUCAGACACAGCUCAGGUUUUGGAUCAGGACAUGGUAAAAGGCAUUGAUUUAUACCCUGCAUGUGCUGUUACUAGAGCUAUGGCUAGGAAUGAAGUUCAAUCAGAGAAUGUAGAAUUGCCAGUUGAAGUUCAGUCAAAGGAAAUAGAUUUGCCAGUUGAAGAAGGCCAUGUAGAAACUUUUAUGUGUGGAUUGGAUGAUGUAGGAGCUAAGCAAGUUAUGGAUCCUGGUGUAGAAUCACAAGAUGGUGAUGAAUUUAGAGGUGUGUGGUCUAGAGAGAAACUGAUUCAGAAGCAAAAGGUUGAUAGUGAGUUGGUAAAGUUUAGGCAAAUGGCUUUGUCUGUGAAGGAGAUAGAGAAUAUCCCUGUGGGGUAUUACUUGGAUUCGGAUAUUUUGAUGAGAAAGUGGAGACCGCCAGACGUUCCUGCAGAUGAGUUUUGGCGUGUUCAACAUCAAGUUGUAGUACCACAGUGUUAUCGUGAGGAAAUCCUCAGUCUAGUGCAUGAUACACUGUUAGCAGGUCACUUCGGUGUUAACAAAACUUACCAGAUGUUGAUGAACCAUUUCUAUUGGCCAGGUUUACAAAAUGAUGUAAGGGAAUACUGUAGAACUUGUCACACUUGCCAGUUGGUGGGUAAGCCAAAUCAAACAAUUCAUAAGUACCCUUUAAAACCCAUGCCAGCGUUCGAGGAACCAUUCAGUAGGGUAUUGAUCGAUUGUGUAGGGCAAUUGCCAAAGUCAAUAUCAGGGAAUAAGUUUUUGUUAACAAUCAUGUGUACAUCUACCAGAUUCCCUGAGGCAAUUCCAUUGCGGAACAUUAAGACAAAAACUAUUUGUGAGACUUUAACCACGUUUUUCACAGUAUUUGCAUUACCAAAGGAAUUGCAAUCAGAUCAGGGUUCCAAGUUCAUGUCGAAUCAUUUUAAACUCUUAUGUGUGACAAUUUAAAUCUUUGGAGAGAUUCAAUCAGAAUUAAAAACCCUGCUAAGAUCGUACUGUAUGGACCAUGAUAAGGACUGGGAUAAGGGAGUUCCUUAUGUACUUUUUGCGUCCAGAGAAACUGUGCAGGAUUCGCUAGGGUUCCGUCCUUAUGAGUUAGUGUUUGGAAGGGAGAUGCGAGGUCCUUUGAAACUGCUAAAGGAUAAAUGGUUGAAUGAAAGUUCAGAAACAAACAUCUUGCAGUAUGUGUCCGACUUCAAAGAACGAUUGAUAAGUGCAAGCGAGUUAGCUAAGGCAAACUUACAAUCGAGCCAAGAAAAGAUGAAAGAAUGGUUUGAUAAAAAGGCAGUCAAGCGUGAAUUUUACCCUGGUGAGAAAGUACUAGUAUUGUUACCUCUGCAGGGAAAACCACUUCAUGCCAAAUAUUCAGGACCAUAUACAGUAUCAAAGAGAGUUAGUGACACUGAUUAUGUGAUCAAUACUCCAGGUAGACGUAGGUCUAGUAGGUAUUGUCAUGUCAACAUGAUAAAGAAAUACCAUGAAAGGGGACAGAAUAGUGUACCAAUGUGUGUUGGGAAUGUCAGUGAAAAUCAAAAUGAAGAACAAUUUCACUUUGGAGCAAUUCUCAAAUUUUGAAUAAUUUGGGCGAGAAACUAUCCCAUAUGAUCGGUAGUGAGAAACAGGAAAUGAAAGGGUUGAUUAUGGAAUUUGAAAAUCUUUUUCCUGAUACACCAUCUCGCACAAACUUGAUUGAGCAUGAUAUAGACGUGGGGGAAGUUCUUCUAGUUAAGAAACAUGCUUAUAGGUGUAAUCCAAUCAAACUAGAGCAGUUGAGAAAAGAGAUAGAUUACAUGUUGACGAAUAACAUCAUACAGCCUAGCAAUAGACCUUGGAGUUCUCCAUGCAUCCCAGUACCUAAACCAGAUGGAGGUGUACGAUUUUGUACAAACUUUAAAAAGGUCAAUGCCAUUUCAAAAUCAGAUUCAUACCCUUUACCUAGGAUAGACGAUUGCAUUGAUCGAAUUGGGCAUGCUAGAUAUGUGUCAACGUUUGAUUUGUUAAAAGGUUACUGGGGCAUUCCAUUAACAUCUAGAGCAAGGCAAGUAAGUGCAUUUUGUACACCUGAAGGACUGUUCGAAUAUAAUGUGAUGCCAUUUGGUCUGAAAAAUGCGCCAGCAACAGUUCAGCGUUUGAUAAAUGGAGUCAUCUGUGACCUGAAACACUGUUACGCAUACAUCGAUGACAUCAUCAUUGCUACAGACACGUGGGAGGAGUAUAGGAGAGCCAAUAGACAAUUGUUUGAAAAGUUAUCAAGAGCUCAAUUGACCAUAAAUUUGAGCAAGACGGACUUUGUGAGAGCAACAGUAACCUAUCUCGGUCACGUGGUAGGUCAUGGUCAAGUGAAGCCAGUUCGAGCCAAAGUCGAGGCGAUUCUGAAGUUUCCAGAACCUAGACACAGAAAACAACUUAUGAGUUUUCUAGGAGUGGCGGGAUAUUACCGCAAGUUCUGUAGAAAUUUUUCCCAAGUAGCAUAGCCUUUGACAGGUUUGCUUCAGAAGAACAUAUCUUUUCACUGGAAAGAACAAGAAGAAGAAGCGUUCAAGGAAGUCAAGCCAUAUUAACGAACUCUCCAGUGCUGAUAGCUCCUGAUUACCAGAAACAAUUUACCAUUCAUGUGGAUGCGUGUGACCUUGGUGCGGGGGCAGUGCUACAACAAGAUGCCGUGGGUAUUGAGCACCCUUUAUGUUACUUCAGUAGGAAGUUUAACAAACACCAACAGAAUUAUUCCACCAUCGAGAAAGAGACACUUGGACUAAUACUGGCAUUAGAACAAUUCGACAUAUAUGUGUGCACACCAGUGUGGCCAGUGUUAGUAUACACAGACCACAAUCCACUUGUGUUUGUCAGCAGAAUGAAAAACAAGAACCAGAGACUGAUGAGGUGGAGCAUUGCUUUAGAAACAUACAACCUGGAAAUUAUGCAUAUCAAGGGCAAGGAUAAUAUCAUCGCCGACGCACUUUCCAGAGGUUUCACUACGUGAACUGUACUUACAGUAUGUGGAGUACAGAACAGUAUACGUGUGAAAAUGAACAAUGAGUAUGUGAACAAAAACAUGGUGUUGAAACAAGAAUUGUUUGCAUUUGUACAGAAGGGAAACAAAGCCUACAAUUAUAUAUGUUGACAAAGAUUAUGUGUUUGGUAAAAUGUGUGUAUAUAAUUUGUACUUUUGUAUGAAAUUGAUAAUAUAUGUAUUACUGAAUUUUAGAAGUUUUCCAUAUCAUUGUGAAGUUCUGUAAAACAUUCUUUUUUUAAGGGGGAGUGUUAUGAGUGACGUUGUAUAUUUGUGUGGUUCACAAGGGGUCCAGUUUGGGUGGACGGCGUCAUGCUUGAUUGUUAAGCAGGUUGCCUGACCGAGAAGCGUGCUUGUGGGGUGAUCGGAGUUUGAGUUGGCUUGGUAACUGAUUGGUGUGGGCCGAUCAACCUUUUGUUGUGUGCUGAAGUAGAUAGCUUACUUGGAAAUUGGUUUACUAUAUAAGGGAAAGUUAUCGAACAGAAAGGGGGAAGGAAAAAGAAUUGGAGAGGGAGAAAUAUGGUUUAACUGAACGAGGGCAGUUCAGCCCAGCGUUAUGUCCGGAGUCAAAGUUAGAAGGUCAUGUCGACGCUUCAAAGGAGGAAACUGUUGUUACCCAGUUAUCCUGUGAUGUAUAAGUUUGGAACAAUGUGAAAUGGAAUUCAUUGGGAAUGUGAUGUCAAGAAAUCUGAGAUGACUAUUAUCUAUAUACUGCACAUUUGCCAUAUUGCUUUGCCUAAAUAGAUGUGUAUGAGUGCCUUGCCCAGUAACUGAGAAUUGCUAUAUGCUUAUCUUUGUUUUAAUUAUUAAAUCUAGCUUUAAACUUCAGAGAUUGUUGUGUGAUUCUUGUAAUUGUUAUUUGUGGUAUGAGCGGGAACCCCUGCCGUUCAUACCACACGUAACACUUGCCACUUACACACACACAUCCACCGCUACCCUGCCCUACUGCAGUCUGUAACUUGCCACUUACACACACACAUCCACCACUGCCCUGCCUUACUGCAGUCUGUAACUUGCCACUUACACACACACAUCCACCGCUACCCUGCCCUACUGCAGUCUGUAACUUGCCACUUACACACACACAUCCACCACUGCCCUGCCUUACUGCAGUCUGUAACUUGCCACUUACACACACACAUCCACCACUGCCCUGCCUUACAGCAGUCUGUAACUUGCCACUUACACAUCUACCGCUACCCUGCCUUACUGCAGUCUGUAACUUGCCACUUACACACACACAUCCACCGCUACCCUGCCCUACUGCAGUCUGUAACGUGCCACUUACACACACACACAUCCACCACUACCCUUCCUUACAGCAGUCUGUAACUUGCCACUUACACACAGUUCAGAACUUGUUUCGGGAACAGUUGUUGUAGGAGUUACAUCACAACUUCCAUUGUCUGGUGUUGAUGUUUUGUUAGGAAGGUUUCAGUAAUCAGCGCUGACCCUGUUAUGUGUGAUGAACCCAUGAUUUCUGUGGAUUCAGUUAGUUAGUUCAGACACAGCUCAGGUUUUGGAUCAGGACAUGGUAAAAGGCAUUGAUUUAUACCCUGCAUGUGCUGUUACUAGAGCUAUGGCUAGGAAUGAAGUUCAAUCAGAGAAUGUAGAAUCUGCCACUUACACAUCCACCCUUCAUCAGUCUCCAUAUAUCCUAUAUUUACACAACAUGAACACAAUCUUAUGGUUAGGAACAUAUAUUUAUUAACAAAGUUGCUCAAACAACAAUUUUUUCAACUUUGUUCUGAUUGGUACAUCUGAUUAGACAUAGGUGUGCAAGUCCCGCUUCCCACAUGGUGCAUGGUGUAUCUACCACAGAGCUGAUAAUACUGGGUGAGUUGCACUGGCAACAUAAGCACAACAUACUGUAACAAACACAUGAACUCUUACUUCUUAUUGCUGAUAAACAAUCACAAACAAUAGCAUAGAUCACCGACUGUAUGGUUAGUGACUAGCAACACUCAUGGAUGCCAAUUAAAGAGUGUGUUGAUAAUCAGUAAAUAACAUAAGAACAUACAACUAAAAGAGAAAAACAUUGUGUUAGAAUCAAGAAACGUAAAUCAAUUUGCAUACAUUUCAUGUAUACUUAACAUGUUUUUUGUUGACUGACUUGAUUAUACAAAGUAAUGCAUAAAUUGAAGAUUAUCAUCAUUGGAUAGUUGACAGAAAUGCUGACAAAGGCUCUCGGUCAUCUUCUGGGUAAAACAUGGCUAUAGCUUCAAACAUAACACUGGUCUACUGAAGCUCCCAUUUUCAAGAUGCAGUCACCCAAACAGAAUGGUUUCACAACAUCCUCGGGACACUUGUUGUUUACAACCAAUCUGUUUUCUUAUUUCUACCCCCAUGAUGCUAAGGAGUACAGUAGGCCAAACACACACGUAAUGGUAGGAUUCACAUGUUGAAAAUGCCUAAUUUCCCCUGUUUUAAAGUCAAGCAUCUUUCGGUUUUACCUGUCAAAUUGUAAGCUACUAAAGUAUGAAAUUCCAUUUUUGGCUGUAAACAGUUCCAUACCAACAUGUUUCUACUUUGCAUAACCUUAGCCACCUAAGUGUUCACCAGUAUAUUCGUAGUUAUGCCACAAAUUUCGAAGUACUAUUUCAUUGUUUUACUAUGUACUCAAUUUAAUUUAGAAAAUGAAUAACAUUU